UGACGAGCCAUUUGAGGGGCCCCUGUAUGGGACUGGUAGAGCUGGCAGCAGCGAUGCAGCCCAGCUGUUGCUUCCACCACCCCUGGCUUGCCCAGUGCUCACAUGACUGUGCAACAUCUGGAUCGUAUUAGGCAAGGCCUAAAGCCACAGGAAUGUGAACUGGGUGGAUAAGCCCAGAUCCUGGCUUCUCUGAGAGGGAAUACGCUGAGUCCAAGGAGGGGCUCAGAGAUCUGGACAUCCUGGGACAAUCUGGAACGCACCCAGUGAGCAUUCAGCUGACAAGAUGAGCUUCCUCCUUUUUGCAGUCACUGCCCUGCACGUCCUUAUUCUCAUCUUACUCUUCGUAGCCACAUUAGAUAAGUCCUGGUGGGUUCUGCCUGAUAAUGAAACAGUUAAUAUCUGGUAUGACUGCUUGCUUGACAACAGCACCAAGACCUGGGUUUGCCAUACUGUUUCUGAGAGUGCAUGGCUCCAUGCAGUCCAGGCCUUCAUGGUUUUAAGCCUUCUCUUCUCCAGCUUCGCCUUUAUUAUCUUCAUGUGCCAGCUUUACACCAUGAAGCGAGGAAGCCUCUUUUACGCCACUGGAAUCUGCCAGAUACUUGCUUCUAUCUCUGUGUUUGUAGCUGCUGUGAUCUACACUACCCAAGUGGAUGUCUUCCAACAAGGCCGGCUGCCAGGAGGUUCCUUCGGCUACUGUUUUGUACUGGCAUGGCUCUCCUUCCCCUUGGCUCUUAUCAGUGGAAUCAUUUACAUCCACCUUCGGAAAAAGGAGUGAUCCUCAACUGAGAGAUCCUAUGCCUCUGAAUUUAGCUAUGUAUUAACUCUUUGCUGUUUCCAAAGGCCGGUGUGGCACAAACUCCUAUUAGGUAUAAUGUGUGGCUUGACCCAUUGGGGUUAUUGCUCUGUGCUCCUUUUCAUGUUAUCAUGCAUUUCACAUGAUAUGGCAAGUUAAAGGUGUGUCAUCUUACACAGGGCAUUGCCUUGAUUUCUGAGAUAUCAUGCACUAAGCAUGUGAUUUUUUUGCUGGCAAAAUGAUGUAUCAUGAUUCCAUGGUAUAAGCCUAUUCAGGGAAUAACUCUGUGUUCCCCAGCUAGAAAUGAUUGCUUAAAACAAAAUUAUAUACAUGUGAAAAUAGAAUAACUUUUAGUUUUCCAAAAUAGAAGUAUAUAUCUUUUUCUGGGUUUUUUAUAAUAAAUUUGGCCUUUUUGAUAUUCUUCAGUGUGACCAAUGUUUUCUUUCUAAAAACCACCCUUUAUUUUUAAUGCUUUUAUAUUACUAAUGUUGGUGGUGGAGGUGAAAAAAUUGUGGGUUGAAUGGGUUAAUUUCCAAAUAUUUCAGUAUUUUCAGAUUUGGCAAAACAGAAAUGUAAAUUCUGAUACAUUCCAGUUGGAAGUGCUGAAACCUUUUGAAAUGUUAAGAAAAAAAUGACAGAAAUGGGAAAGUUGCAUGUCCAAAAUGCUUUUGUUUAUUCAGAAAAGUUUUUCAUGAACUGAACAUCUGAAACUAUCACUUGUUUCUUUACUGGUGGAGCAUUGUAACAGAUAUUGAGGACAUAUAAAGGUAACACAGCUCA